UGCCCGCAGUGCAGAUCAGUGUCCAGACAAUAUAGAUGCUAAGAAUCUAACAACUGUAUUAGAAUUCCAUCUCAUGAAACUCUCAGAGGAUCCAGACUUGCACCCCAUCCUCUUUGGACUGUUCCUGUCCAUGUACCUGGUCACAGUUCUUGGGAACCUGCUCAUCAUCCUGGCAGUCAUCAGCUCUGACUCCCACCUCCACACCCCCAUGUACUUCUUCCUUUCCAAUCUGUCAUUUGUGGACAUCUGUUUCACCUCCACCACAGUCCCAAAGAUGAUUGUGGACAUCCUAACUCAGUGCAAUGUCAUCUCUUAUGUGGGCUGUUUAACACAGAUGUCUCUGCUUAUUGUUUUUGGAUGUAUGGAUGACUUGCUUCUGACUGUGAUGGCUUAUGAUAGGUUUGUGGCCAUCUGUCACCCCUUGCAUUACCCAGUCAUUAUGAGUCCUCAACUCUGUAUCUUCCUAGUUUUUGCAUGUGUUUUGCUAAGCCUUUUGGACUUACAGUUGCACACUUUGAUUGUCUUAAAGUUCACUUACUUCAAGGAUGUUUCAGUUUCCAACUUCUGCUGUGAGCCUGCGCAAAUCCUUAAUUUAGACUGUACUGAAAACUUAAACAAAAACAUAAUUAUAUAUGUUGUUGGCACCAUGUUUGGAUUUUUUCCCAUCUUGGUAAUACUACUCUCUUAUUAUAAAAUCAUUUCCACCAUUCUGAGAGUUCCAUCAUCAGGAGGGAAGUAUAAAGCCUUCUCCACCUGUGGAUCUCACCUAUCAGUUGUUUGCUUAUUUUAUGGCACAAGCGUUGGGAUGUACCUUGGAUCAGCCAUAGUGCAUUCUCCUCAAAAGAUUUUGGCUUCCUCAGUGAUGUACACAGUUGUGACGCCUACGCUGAAUCCUUUUAUCUACAGCCUGAGGAACAGGGAUAUUAAAGACGCCCUGAGGAAGCUUCAUAGAAGGAAAGUCUAA